UGCGCAUGUGUUCCACCGGAUGUCAUUCUUCAGUACGUGGCAAACACUUCGUAUGUUUUGACUCGUGUUAAAACUGUAAUAUAUUGUACUCCUGGAGUGAUAUUACUGAAAACAUUUAAACACAAGGCAGAUUCUUGAAAACAGAAUAGCUACUUAGAAAAUGACACAAUGAAUCCUAACUACCCGGGAAGUACACAAGGACAGAUGCCUCCUACAGGGUAUGGGGCACCUGGUAUGAACCCAGGAGGACAAAUGAGACCCCCAGGUCCCGGUCCCAUGAAUAGUCCAGGAGGUUAUGGUGGUCCACCAAAGCCAGGGCCGGGACAAUAUAUGGCACCACCUACAUCUAAUGGGCCCCAGUAUCCAAACAUGAGUCAGCCAGGGAAUAUUCCUGGUAAACCACCAGAUAUGAAUAACUUCCAAAGACCUACUACAAGUAUGCAAAACAGUAUGGGUCCGGGCAUGCCCCCUUCACAGAGACCUCCAUCAUCAAGUCAGGUAGUUUGGGCAAGUGAAAUUGUCAGUGUACUUCAGAGUUCCCGAAACGCACCGGUCCACCGGGGAUCCCCGAUUUCAAAUGGUUUGAAUGCAAUGCAUAUAUCCCAGCCAAGGGCUUCUGGUCCAAAUCAAAACUAUGGUGCUCCCUCAACAUCAGGACAGCCACGUAUGAUGCCACCACCUGGAGGCCCUAAUGCCCAAGGUGGUUCUGGGUUACCACCACCCGGUCCAAUGGGUGGCACAGCACGCCCACCAAUGAGCCAAAUUGGAGGACCUGCUCAAGGCCAGUUAGGAGGUCCACCCACAAGCCAGUACAGUGGGGGCCCUCCCACAAGCAUGUAUGGUGGGGGUCCUCCCACAAGCCAUUAUGGAGGUGCUCCACCCAUAAGUCAGUAUGGAGGGGCACCACCCACAAGUCAAUAUGGUAGCACUCCACCCACAAGUCAAUAUGGUAGUGCUCCACCCACAAGUCAGUAUGGAGGGGUGCCACCCACAAGUCAGUAUGGAGGGGCACCACCCACAAGUCAGUAUGGAGGGGCUCCACCCACAGGACAACUGGGAGGUUUAUCAGGUCCCCCAGGAAGUCGACCUGGAGGAAUGGCUGGGCCACCACCUACAACACCUGGAAUGCCCCCAGUUUCAUCUUCAAUGGGUGGUAUGCCUCCACAUUCUAGGCCAGGUGGACCAUCAGGCCCACCCUCAGGACCCCCUUCUGGAAUGUCCAUGACAGACAGAUUUGGACCCGGUCCACCAAGUGGACCUCCUUCUGGUCCAGGCACAAUGUCUCAGCCUGGUCCUGGUUCAUUUCCUCCUGCCCCAGGACCUGGUGGGUUUCCUCCUUCAAAUCAGUAUGGAGGUUCUGGACCCGGUCAGUUCCCUCCUCAGCCCGGUCAGAUGCCACCUCAGCCAGGAGGUCAGCCGCGAUAUCCAGGGGGAACCAUGCCAGGGCAGUCCUUCCCACCCAACUACCCAGGAGCUCAACCCAUGCCAGGACCAGGGGGAAUGCAGCAGCCAUCUGGACCUAAAAAACUGGACCCUGACCAGAUGCCUAGUCCAAUUCAAGUGAUAGAAGAUGACAGAGCCAAUAGGAGUGGGGUUUUCCAAACUGCUAAAGGGGCAGUACCACCAUCAGUUACCACUAAUUUUACUGUACAGGAUCAAGGAAAUUGCAACCCUCGUUUUAUGAGGAGUACAAUGUACAACGUUCCUUGCACCUCAGAUAUGUUGAAGAACUGUCAUGUACCAUUUUCUCUGAGCAUCAAUCCAUUUGCUAAACUCCCUGAAGAAGAGCUGAAUCCCCCGAUUGUCAAUCUCGGGGAGGUAGGGCCAGUCAGGUGUAAGAGAUGUAAAGCCUACAUGAAUCCCAACAUGAUGUUUAUUGACGGAGGACGGAGGUUCCAGUGUGUGUUCUGUGGAGCAGCUACAGAUGUGCCAGCAGAGUAUUUUGCACAUCUAGAUCACACAGGAAGAAGGAUAGAUAGUUAUGACAGACCAGAACUGUGUUUAGGUUCCUAUGAAUUUGUAGCUACUAAAGAUUACUGUAAGAAUGGAACAUUGCCAAAUGCACCAGCCUUUAUCUUUAUGAUUGAUGUGUCCUAUAACAGUAUAAAAAGUGGAUUAGUACAUUUGAUUUGUGAGAGAUUAAAAGAUGAUGUCUUAGUAAAUCUACCAAAAGAAGUUGGACAGGAUGAGUCAGAAAUCCGAGUUGGAUUUGUAACAUAUGCUAAAGAAAUUCAUUUCUAUAAUGUGAAGGGUAACUUGGCCCAGCCCCAGAUGUUGGUUGUAUCGGACUUGGAUGAUGUGUUUGUGCCACUGUUGGAUGGAUUUCUUGUGAAACUUUCAGAAUCCGAGGCAGUCAUUGACAGUCUAUUAUCACAGAUCCCUCAGAUGUUCGCGGAGUCUCGGGAGACAGAAACUGUGUUAGGGCCAGUCAUUCAGGCCGGCCUAGAUGCUUUAAAGUCUGCCGACCGCAGUGGAAAACUUUACAUAUUUCAUACUUCUCUGCCAAUAGCUGAGGCUCCAGGAAAAUUAAAGAAUAGGGAUGACAGGAAACUGCUAGGAACUGAGAAAGAAAAGACAAUUCUGACUCCUCAGAGCAACUUCUACACUAAAUUAGGCCAGGAGUGUGUCACUGCAGGUUGUAGUGUGGACUUGUUCUUGUUCCCCAAUGCAUACAUCGAUAUUGCAACAAUAUCAGAAGUGUGUCGUCUCACAGGAGGAAAUAUAUACAAAUACAGCUACUUUCAGGCUGACUUGGAUGGAGACCGUUUCCUGGAAGAUCUGAAGCAUAAUGUAAAGAACCAGACAGCCUUUGAUGCCAUUCUUCGUGUCAGAGCCAGUACAGGUAUUCGGGCUGUGGACUUCCUGGGCAAUUUCUACAUGUCUAACACAACAGAUGUUGAACUGGCAGCUAUAGACAAAGAACAAGCUCUUAAUGUUGAGAUUAAACAUGAUGAUAAAUUAAAUGAAGCUGAUGGUGCUUAUAUUCAGGUUGCAGUACUGUUUACCAGUGUGGGGGGACAGAGGAGAUUAAGGAUACACAACUUGUCUCUGAACUGCUGUACUCAAAUGGCUGCAGUGCUGUUCACUGGAACACUGUACUGUUUUAGGUUGCAGUGCUGUUCACUGUUUGAAUUCAUCAAUUACAUGGCCAAACAGGCUGUACACUCUGUCAAAACGGGCCUGAACUCUAACCCCAAGCAGGUGAGAGAGGGAGUGAUGAACCAGGUGGCGCAGAUUUUGGCGUGUUACAGGAAGAACUGUGCCUCCCCGUCGUCUGUAGGUCAGCUGAUUCUGCCCGAGUCCAUGAAGCUUCUCCCUCUGUAUGCCAACUGUGUUAUUAAAAGCGACGCUCUGCAAGGUGGGUCUGAAAUAUCUACCGAUGACAGAAGUUACCUUAUGCAUAAACUGAAUGCUAUGGAUGUUGCCUCAACACAAGUGUUCUUCUACCCAAGGCUGAUACCCAUGCAUGACUUGGAAUCCCAUGGAGAUAGAAUUCCACAAUCCAUCAGAUGUUCUGCAGAAAGACUCCGAGAUAAUGGGGUGUAUCUCCUAGGUAUGAAUGGUAAUUUGUUCCUGAAAUGAAUUGGUCACAAUGUAGAGCCAUGGGUACAGCAGUUUUUUGUACAAAGUGCUGCCCAGAUUACAUUGUGUAAUUAGUGUAAAUUGAUUGACCUCGAUAACCCUGUGUCACAGAAAGUACGGGACGUAAUUAAUUCAAUACGAAGUGAACGGGGUAGAUAUAUGAAGUUAACAAUUGUUCGACAGCGGGACAAGUUGGAGCCAUGGUUUAACCACUUCCUGGUAGAAGACAAAGGACAUAGUGGAAGUGCUUCUUAUGUAGACUUCUUAUGUCACAUACACAAAGAAAUUCGGAACUUGUUGAGCUAAACAAACUGUCUUCAUAAACACAAAAUACGAAAUGGAGUCUGCUGAAAUGGACAUAACUUCAUAAAUACAAAUAUUGUCGAAACCAUCUGCAGCAGAGAAGAAAACCCAAAUAUCAAGAAGUUUCCAGAAUAGGAACAUCUGAUAUUAUUGAUAGACUGUGAGGUAUAUGGAUUAUGGUGGACCCCUGGUGAUAUGAUGUGAUGAAGAUUCUGUUUUAUUAUGGAUUAUUAUGGAUUCUCUGUGAUAUGGCCCAUAGUAACGUUCCAAGGGCAAAACCUGAUACCUAGACUGGCCCUUCUAUCUGCCAAAUUAACAAAAACAAUCGCAAAUAGAUACUCUAAGUACUAAUCAGUUGACAUCUAAUGCCAUAAAAUGAAUACAUACCCAAUCUUCAUGCGAAUGUUGUGAUGCUAUACAAGUAUACAGUGUAUAUGUAUUGAUGUCAGAUUCUUGGAAAGAUUAAUUGAACAUUACAUUUUGGAUGCAUCAUUUUUCCUGCACCAUAUUGUAAAUGGGCUUUAAAAACAGAUAUUUAUUCAUGAAUUGUUUUGUUAAGCAUUAGUUAAAUUUAAUUUAACAGGUGAAUGUUAUGGGUAAGGAUUUUAUUUUCAUGAAUUUUUACCACAUAUUUCUCUCUUCUUCUCUUCAUUGCAUGUAUGAAUUUUCAGAACUUAAAAUGUAUUUAUUAUAAACAUGUUCAUUAAAUUUAUCGACUUCAUUGUCUGAUUGUAACUUUAAUGAUGAUGGAAUGUAAACAUGAAGAUGCUUAACUAUUUUAACAUUAAUUCAGGAGUGAAUAUGUGAUCAACAGCUUGACUUUCUAGUCUAUGAUGGUGUUCUCUCAAUAUAGAUUAUAUGAAGAUUAUGGAAUGAGAGUUUUUCACCACAGUGUUAGCAAGUGGCAAAUAAAAAAAUGAAAAAGUU